CUCCCGGCGCCGGCGAGAGGCAGACGCGGAGCGGAAUCCCGGACCUCGCAGCGCCUCGCCCGCCCCGCGCGCCCUGCUCGCCCGCGCGGCCCAUUCCCGGGUCCGAGGGGACCCGUGGAGUGCGGAGGCGGGAACCACAGCUUCGGAACCGCCGGCCCCACGCCUCCCCUCCCGCGCGCGGCCCGAGACUCCCGCGAACUCGCGCGGCGACCGGCGAUCGAGCCCGAGCCGCGGAGCCGCGGAGCCGCGCGUCUCCCGCAGCCUGCGUUCCCGCUCCGGCGCCCGCGUCUACUGCUGUGAAUCCAGCACCGGCGAUGAGGAGCGGAGCAGCCCGUCUUCCGAGCCGCUGAGGCUUUCGCCGCCGAUCGCCCGCGGCCGACCGGAGCUCGUCGGCCUCCAGGUCUCCUCUCCGCAUACCCACCCGCGACCGUGCCAUCGACCCGGGGCAUGGGCCCCCCGACAAGGCUCCAGGAGGCGCCGCGGCCUCGCAAGACGUGAGAGGCCCGCUUGGGUCGAUUUCGAGGUUCCGAAGAGCAGCGGAGAGAGCUCCUAGCCAGCGCCCGCGCGCUGGGCCGGGCGGCAGUGAGCGCUGCGCCCCGCGGUGCAGAACGUCCCGGAGCGCCGGAACCUCGGCUGAGGCGAGUACCUGGCCGGAGGCGCGCGGCGGAGCAGGCUGUCAUGCCCUAUUGAUCCCCUCCCGCCCCCCCCCCGCCCCCCCCGCCCCCGCCAAGUAUGUUUGGGCUGGACCAAUUCGAGCCCCAGAUCAACAGCCGGCACGCUGGUCAGGGCGAGGGGAACUUUAACGAAGCCGGACUGAGCAUGAACGCCCACUUUAAGGCUCCUGCCUUCCACGCCGGGCCUCCUACUGGCCCCGUGGACCCUGCAAUAAGCGCUCUGGGCGAACCCCCGAUCUUGGGCUUGAACAUGGAGCCCUACGGCUUUCAUGCGCGCAGCCACUCCGAGCUGCACGCAGGGGGGCUGCAGGCGCAGCCUGUGCAUGGCUUCUUCGGCGGUCAGCAGCCUCACCACAGCCAUCCCGGAGGCCAUCACCCGCACCAGCAUCACCCCCACUUUGGGGGCAACUUCGGUGGUCCGGAUCCAGGUGCCUCAUGUCUGCACGGGGGCCGGCUGCUUGGCUACGGAGGUGCAGCGGGCGGCCUGGGCAGCCAGCCUCCCUUCGCAGAGAGUUAUGAGCACAUGGCGGAGAGCCAGGGGCCGGAGGGCUUCGGCCCGCAGCGGCCAGGAAACCUCCCGGACUUCCAUAGUUCGGGCACCUCGGGCCACGCCGUGCCUGCCCCGUGCCUGCCUCUGGACCAGAGCCCUAACCGGGCUGCCUCUUUUCACGGCCUGUCCGCCUCUAGCGGCUCGGAUUCUCACAGCCUGGAGCCCCGGAGGGUGACGAACCAAGGAGCCGUAGAUUCCCUGGAAUACAAUUACCCGAGCGAGCCGCCCUCAGGACAUUUUGACAUGUUUUCACCCUCUGACUCUGAAGGGCAGCUGCCACAUUAUGCUGCGGGUCGCCAGGUUCCCGGGGGCGCUUUCCCGGGUGCUUCUGCCAUGCCUAGAGCCUCAGGCAUGGUGGGUUUGUCCAAAAUGCACAGCCAGCCACCCCAGCCGCCUCCACAACAGCAGCAACCGCAGCACGGAGUGUUCUUCGAGAGGUUUGGCGGGGCCCGAAAGAUGCCUGUGGGUCUGGAGCCUGCAGUGGGCUCCAGGCACCCGCUAAUGCAGCCUCCCCAGCAGGCCCCACCACCCCCGCAGCAGCCGCCCCCGCAGCAGCAGCCGCCGCCACCGGGACUUCUGGUUCGACAGAAUUCUUGCCCUCCUGCGCUCCCGCGGCCCCAGCAGGGUGAGGCUGGCACACCCAGUGGCGGCCUGCAGGACGGGGGCCCCAUGCUGCCCAGUCAACAUGCUCAGUUCGAGUAUCCCAUCCAUCGGCUAGAGAACCGGAGCAUGCACCCAUAUUCUGAGCCUGUCUUCAGCAUGCAGCAUCCCCCUCCUCAGCAGGCGCCCAACCAGAGGCUGCAGCAUUUCGAUGCGCCCCCUUACAUGAACGUGGCCAAGAGGCCGCGUUUUGACUUUCCGGGCAGCGCAGGCGUGGACCGCUGCGCCUCGUGGAAUGGCAGCAUGCAUAACGGUACCCUAGACAACCAACUCUCUCCCUCUGCCUACCCAGGCCUCCCAGGCGAGUUCACACCGCCUGUGCCGGACAGCUUUUCCUCGGGACCACCCUUGCAGCACCCGGGGCCGGACCACCAGUCCCUGCAGCAGCAGCAGCAGCAGCAACAACAGCAGCAGCAGCAGCAACAACAACAGCAGCAACAGCAGCAGCAGCAACAGCAACGCCAGAAUGCGGCCCUCAUGAUUAAACAGAUGGCGUCCCGGAACCAGCAGCAGCGGUUGCGACAGCCCAACCUGGCCCAGCUAGGCCAUCCUGGGGACGUGGGCCAGGGCGGCCUGGUCCACGGAGGUUCCGUGGGCGGCUUGGCCCAGACGAACUUUGAGCGCGAAGGGGGCAGCGCAGGUGCCGGGCGCCUGAGUGGCUUUGAGCAGCAGGCGCCCCACCUGGCGCAGGAGAGCGCGUGGUUCCCGGGUCCACACCCUCCCGGCGACCUGCUGCCCCGGAGGAUGGGCGGCGCGGGGUUGCCGACUGACUGCGGCCCGCACGACCCUGCUCUGGCGCCUCCCCCUGCUCCAGGUGGCUCAGGGGUGCUUUUCCGAGGCUCUUUGCAGGAGCCUCUGAGGAUGCCAGGAGAAGGCCACGUGCCCGCACUGGCCUCGCCCGGGCUGCAGUUUGGGGGCAGCUUAGCUGGCCUAGGCCAGUUGCAGUCGCCCGGUGCCGGUGUGGGACUGCCAAACGCUCCGUCGGAGCGACGGCCUCCGCCUCCGGACUUCCCCGCGCCAGCUCUCGGGGGCCAGCCGGGCUUUCCAUUCGGUUCAGGCAGCCGGCAGGCCACUCCGCACAGCGCUCCAGGCGUGAAUUCGCCCCCGAGCGCGGGCAGCGGCAGCUCCGGUGCUGGCGGGGGCGCUUACCCGCCGCAGCCAGAUUUCCAACCCAGCCAGCGCAACUCGGCCAGUAAGCUGGGCGCACUGUCGUUGGGGUCUUUCAACAAGCCCAGCUCUAAGGACAACCUGUUCGGCCAGAGCUGCCUGGCUGCGCUCUCCACUGCUUGCCAGAACAUGAUUGCCAGCCUGGGUGCUCCUAACCUCAACGUGACUUUCAACAAGAAGAACCCACCCGAGGGGAAGAGGAAACUGAGCCAGAACGAGCCCGACAGCGCGGUUGCAGCCGGUAACCCGGGCUCGGAUUACUUCCCCGGAGGGACUACUCCUGGGGCCCCUGGACCCGGAGGCCCUUCCGGGACCAGUGGUGGUGGCUCCAAAGCCUCAGGACCGCCCAACCCUCCCAUCCAGGGGGACAGCACCAGUCUCUCCCCCAAUUAUACCCUGGAAUCAACGUCGGGUAACGAUGGCAAGCCUGUCCCUGGGGGCAGUGGCCGGGGAAGGGGACGCAGAAAACGGGACAGUGGUCAUGUGAGCCCCGGGACCUUCUUCGACAAAUAUUCCACAGCUCCAGACAGUGGGGGCGCACCAGGGGUGAGCCCGGGGCAGCAGCAGGCUCCUGGCUCAGCCGCUGGGGGAAGCUCAGUGAACGAGGCCCGAGGCCCCACACCCCAUGAGAAGGCCCUUACGUCCCCAUCGUGGGGCAAAGGAGCCGAGCUUCUCCUUGGGGACCAGCCGGACCUCAUGGCGUCCCUGGACAGCACAGCCAAAUCAGAUGGUAGUUCCCCGCACGUGGGUGAGUUCGCCUCUGAUGAGGUGAGCACAAGUUAUGCGAACGAGGACGAAGUGUCAUCCAGUUCUGACAACACUACAGCCCUGGCCAAAGCCAGCCGAAGUCCCCUGGUGACCAGCUCACCGAAACUCCCUCCUCGAGGGGUGGGCGCUGGGGAACACACACCGAAGGCUUCCGCCCUGGGCCUGGGCAUCCUGUCUACCUCUACCUCAACCCCUGACAGCUAUGGUGGGGGCGUGGGCACCGGACAUCCCGGCACACCAGGCCUGGAGCAGGUCCGGACCCCAACGAGCAGCAGCGGUGCGCAGCCUCCUGACGAGAUUCAUCCCCUGGAGAUCCUCCAAGCCCAGAUCCAGCUGCAGAGACAACAAUUUAGCAUCUCGGAGGACCAGCCCCUGGGGCUCAAGGGCAGCAAAAAAGCCGAGUGUGCUGUAGGGGCCUCAGGAGCACAGAACGGUGACAGCGAGUUGGGUAGCUGCUGCUCCGAAGCAGUCAAGAGCGCCAUGAGUACUAUCGACCUGGACUCCCUGAUGGCAGAACACAGCACUACCUGGUACAUGCCACCUGACAAGGCCCUGGUGGAUGGUGGAGAUGAGGACAAGACGCUGGCGCCCUGGGAGAAGGCCAAGUCCCAGAACCCCAACAACAAAGAAGCCCAUGACCACCCCACCAACAAGGCCUCAGCCACCCAGCCCGGCAGCCACCUGCAGUGCCUGACUGUCCACUGCACAGAUGGUGACCCCAAGGCCCGCACCUCCGUACCCACCUGGCGGUCUCUGCACUCUGAUAUCUCCAACCGAUUUGGGACAUUUGUGGCCGCCCUGACUUGAGCCCACGGGAGCCGAUGCCCUAACCAUCACCACGAGGGGCCUCCGUGGCUGAGCAGACUCUUUACAAUAUUUUUUUUCUUUCUUUCUUUCUUUCUUUUUUUUUUUUUUUUUUUUUUUUCUUUUUGGGUCUAGGUUGGUACUUUCUUAGUGGCACUCAGAAUGGAAAGGGUUCAUUGAAAGGGGCCGGGGAAGGUGAUCAAAGGAACCUCAAAAAAGUUAUCUGAAGGAAACCAUGUGUGCCACACCGUGACACACCUGUGUCAUCCUCCGCAGCAAAUGCUGUGCUGGUGGGCGCAAACCUUUUUCCUGCUAGAGAACCCCCAUUUCCUGUACUCGGCGUGUGUUCUAGAAGGCUCUUGCUUUGUUUAAGCCUGGACAGGGGUACCUGGAAACCCCCCCCCCCCCUUUAAAUUCUUUUCCCUCCCUCUUUUCUAUUUGUCCAUCCCUAUGGAGAUCUUGGAAGAUUGUGUCCUGGAGCACUCCCCGGGUGGAUGUAGCAGGGUCAUGCCAGUGUCGACUGGUGACAUGGAGCAGCUGGAGGCGCCUUCACACACCGGGGGAGUUUUCUGUGCUCCCUGAGAACUUGCAGAGAGAGGUCUUUUCCUGAUUGGCCCUUAGCAUUCACUAAGCUUCCAUUCCUCUCAUUGGGAGCAGUCCCUCUGGUCCCUUCUGGGUUGUGAGUUGGAUGCUGGUGUCAUGGGCACCCUCUCCUUCACUGAGGCUACCGUUGCGCCCUCUGCCUUCUCUGUGGCCUUGUGACCCUCAAAGGGCACAAGGGAGGGUCUGCCAGUUGUCUAAGGGACUUACUGGCCCUGUUCUCCCAGAUGGCAGCCAGGGUGCCUCAGUUCCACCUCGCAUAGCAUCCCUAAGUGAAUCCAUCCCUGGGAGGAGGGAUUGAGGCAGCCAAAUUCAGGCUGAGACACUCUUCGGUCCUGCACAGAUCCUAGAGGGGAGGAGAGUAAAUUGAGUGGCUUUGUGAUGCCUGUUCCCGAGACUCACGUUCCCUUUGUGGGAUGUCUCCUGCCCUUUGGAUUUGGUUUCAUUCUGAUUUACAAGCAGAGCCCUGCCCAGUGUGUCCCCCUGGGAGAGACGCUUCUGCCUAAGUGGAGGGGAGCAGAGAUUGCUGAGCUGAUGUAGAUAAAUCUACAGCUUAGGGUGUGCUCUGUACCCCGCCAACCUAUGUGGCCCACUAUGGCUAUGCUGUGGGGCCCUGCAUCCCUGGGAGGGUCAGUCAGGCCAGAGCCAGUUCAGUUUUUGUUGUUAGUGUGUCUCUUCAAUUACUCCUUUCUGAGCCCCACCUGAACUCGACAGACACCCUUCCCUUUCUUAGUAAGAGGUCCGAAGGCUUGGCUCUCUCCAGAUACCCGUAUUGUUUGUGUCAAGGGACUUUCAACUGUGGGAGCCCCUUGCCAAAAGCUGGCUAUCUCCCUCAAGUCCUCUCCUCCUCCUCGUGGCUAAGUCCUGAGCCCCCAGGAUCUGCACUUGUUGCCUGGGCGUUGUGAUGGGGCUCAGAGGGCAGACACAGGUGGUAUGGGCUGGUGGAGCAGGAAGGGCCCUCUGUUUUGUGCCCAAAGCAGUGAAGGGAUGGCUUCUCUCCUCCAUGGGCCACAGGAGCAUCCUCCAGGCUUCGGUCUCUCAGAGUUGGUGACAUGUAGCUAGCUGUCUGAGAGUGCCAGCCUUUCAGUCCCCAAACAAGAAUGACAGUUUUCAGUGCUUAAGGCUGGGGAUGAGUGUGCUAAUGGCUGUCAGCAAACUUCCCGGUAUCAACUCAGUCCAGUGUUAUCUGUGCUCACUCCCCACGACCCUGGGGUGGAGCAGCUUUUAAAAUAGCCUUAAGCAAAAGGACAUCAUCGUGUCAUUAAAUUUGGUUUAGCAGGAAGAAUAAAAGUAGAAGAAAACCAUGCCCGAAGCGCAGGAGCCUGGGAACACUGUAAUCAGUCCGCAGCCAACUCCAGUAGAGAGAAGGAAAUCGCUAUUGCACAUGUAUAAUAUGAACCCUUAACCCUGCGGUGCGGUGCGCGAACCUGUAAGCUUUUUUUGACUCUUAAAACCAUUUCUGAAUGCUUGGUUGGAAGACAGUGACUGACAAUAGCUCAUGAAACUGAGUGGUAUUUUUCUUUCUUUCUUUUUUUUAAAUAUGUAAAGUUGAGUCUUCCGUAUUCACGCAUACUGUAUAUACGUGUAUAUGUUUUGCUGAGCAGCUUAAAUAACAAUAAAUACAACGUUAACGGUG